AUGGCCGUCAAGGAGCCUUCUUCAACCCCUUCACUUGCCUCUGUGAUAUGCCUGUCGCUUGCGUACUCGAAUACGCUCUCAAGCUACAACGUGCAGGUGUUCAUCGAAACCGUCGUUGUUCAUGAAAUCGUCGUUGUUCGUCGAAACCGUCGUUGUUCACAAACUUCGAAAUUAACCUUCUCCAUCUCUCUCAAGCAGAGGCAUAAGAGCAAGAAUGAAGUCAUGGCAGAGAUCAUCAUGAAGAGCAAACUUGGCAAGAUGGAGAAAACUAAGAAGACGGAAGAAAGGGCGAGGCUGAUGGAUGAGCUGGAUAAGGACUUCAAGUCCUUAGAAAAUUCUCAUGCGAUGGCGAGAUUAACUCAAGAAUUUGACCUCCUAGAGGUAUUCAAAAAUGAAAUGGUACAACACUAA